UAAAUUUGAAAACCCCAAAUCGUCUUUCCUCACCUGAAACACCACAGGAUCAAGAAGCCGUCUUUUCGAAUCGUUCAAGCUCUUCUUUUUCAAACUACGCUCAUGUCAAAAUCGAAGAAGGUGAAAACCCCCCUAUAUUCACAAUCCACUUUUAGUUUUUCUCAUAUCAACGACGAUGACGACGAUUUUCAGACCCCAACUCAAUCGUUCCCACUCACCCAAAGAAAACCUAGCUCAUCACAGCUAGUCAAAUCCUCCAAUGCCGCCAGCAAUCGACAACCCAAGAAGCCUAAAAAGAUUCAUGCUUAUCCCGGUAAGGAAAAUCUCGAACUUCCACCUGAUUUAGGUUUGGAUUCAAUUGUGUCUCUAGAAUCUAUGGAGUCGACUGUAUUCUGCAGCAAUGUAUUAGACAAUGGUGUUUCAUUUACGAAUGAUGAGAAAGAAACAAAACCAAAAGAGGGGUUUAGUUACUUAUCGAAUUCAAUCGAGUCUAGGUUAUUGUCGAGGUCUAGGGGUGAUUGUGGAUUAAGUGUUUGUGAAAAUGCUAAUGAGAAGGUAGACGAAGACGAAGAGGAAAGAUUUGAUGACAAUCAGGAGGCUGGAACUACACAGCUUGAUGUAUUGCUUGAUUUAUGUUGUGCAUCUGAAGAUGAGGAUAUGCCUAUGGACAAUGGUGAUAACAAUAACAUGGAUGUUGUUGGUUUUAUUAGCUGCCCCCCUGUGUGGAAUUGACAUUUCUGACAUGAGUGAGGAGCUGAGACAUGUUCAUACCAAUGAGUGCCUUGAUAAAGAGCAGGUUCAUAACCAUGUAGAUGCUCCUAAUACUGACAAUGUAACCGAAUGUCCUGGACAAGUUCUUGAUGAUUCCCCUUGUAGAGCUUCUGGACAAGUUCUUGAUGAUCCUUCUCUUGAAGCUGAAGGGCAAAUCCGUCAAAUCUCUCCUGUUUCUGAAUGGCUGCACAAUCUUGGCCUAUCUCGGUAUGAAGAAGUUUUCAUCCGUGAAGAAAUUGAUUUGGAAAGUCUGAGAUGGCUGACAGAUGAAGAUCUAUACAAUAUAGGUAUUACUGCUCUUGGUCCCAGGAAGAAGAUUGUUCAUGCUCUUAAUGAACUAAGAACAGAAGGUUCUGAAACAGCAGUGAAUACACCUCAAAAAAGUGGAACACCAACACCCUUCCGUGUGGAUGCAUUUAAAUAUCUGAGAAGGGAUUGCUUUCACUGGUUCCUUACACACUUCCAUGCAGAUCAUUAUGGAGGUCUUACAAAAUCUUUCUGCCACGGGAAGAUUUACUGCAGUUUAAUUACAGCAAAACUUGUAAAUUUAAAGCUUGGGAUUCCAUGGGAGAAUAUUGAAGUUUUACCUCUCAAUGAAAAGAUAUGCAUUUCUGGAGUUGAUGUCACAUGCUUUGAUGCUAAUCAUUGUCCAGGUUCUGUAAUAAUUCUAUUUGAACUUCCAAAUGGUAAGGCUAUUCUACACACAGGAGAUUUUCGUUUUUGUGAAGAUAUGACAAAGAUUGUUAGUUUACAGAGACAUGUCCAAACACUUAUCUUAGAUACCACUUAUUGUGAUCCUCAGUAUGAUUUUCCAAAGCAAGAUGCUGUAAUUCAAUAUGUUCUUGAAGCCAUACAAGCUGAAGCUUUUAAUCCAAGAACAUUGUUUCUAAUUGGCAGCUAUACUAUCGGAAAAGAAAGGGUGUUCAUGGAAGUAGCUCGUGUCCUUCGUAAAAAAAUAUAUGUCACUGCAGCAAAAAUGAGAAUUUUAGAAUGCUUAGGAAUGUCUAAGGAAGACAUGCAAUGGCUAACUUUAGAUGAAAGGGAAAGCCACAUUCAUGUUGUGCCUAUGUGGACACUUGCAAGCUUUAAAAGAUUAAAACACGCAUCUAACAUGUAUAAGGGUCGAUAUAGUCUUAUUGUUGCUUUCUCUCCAACUGGUUGGUCUUUUACUAAAGGAAAAAAAUCAACCCCAGGAAAGAGGUCUCAACAGGGUACCAUUAUAAGGUAUGAGGUGCCAUAUAGUGAGCAUAGCAGUUUUACAGAACUUAAAGAGUUUGUAAAGUUUAUAUCUCCAGAAAAUAUCAUCCCAAGUGUCAAUAAUCAUGGCCAAGAAUCUGCAAACAAAAUGAUCUCUCGUUUGUUGUCUUGAGCUUAACUUGAUUACAUUUGUAUAAAUUUAAGAUUUUGACUUAAUUUGAGUAGAGUCAUACGUGCACGGGUU